UCUCCAUUUCACGCUUCUUCUGGCGUAGCCCGAAGGCUGCAACCUUUUUUUUUUCUCUCCCCUUCCCCAAAUCCGCCUCUCUCUUCCCCAAGUCCGCCGCGGAAGAAGCGAGCGAUCGAUCGAUCGAUCGAGAGGCGAAUUCAACGAAGGAUCGAGCGAGCGAGGAUGAUCUACCGCAACUGGUCCCUGCUCUCCUCCACGGUCGUCAUCUGGGGCAGCGUCGGCGCCGCCGGCCUCGCCGGGGUCUUCCUCUUCGGCGGCAAGGAGAAAUUCCAGGGCUAUCUUUCCCGCGAAGGUGAGAGGCUGAGGCAGCAGGAGAGAGCCAUGAUGGGCAAGAACUAGUGCAGACCACAACUCAGUUCCGACCCGUGUCGACAUGUGAACUAGACAUGGAUCGACGUAUCUCUGUGCUAUAGAACAUCUUUUUCUCUGCCUGGCAACUUUUUGCUUCUGCCCCCCAUGAAUAAUCUCAACGCACAUGCUCUUUUGAGACGAACUUCAUGAUCCUGUCUUAUCCUUUAAAAGCCUGCUGUUUGUCAACUUUGUUCCGGCGCUCUGAAUGAAUUAUAUUGUACGUACCAUCGCUGUUAAGUUGAAUUGUUCCGGCGCUCUGAAUGAAUUAUAUUGUACGUA